GGGACGCGGCCCGGGGGAGAAGGGGAGGGCCGGGAGGCGGCUCCCCGUGCCUCUCGGCGGCGAUUUCAAGCUUCGGGCAGGGCUAAAAUGGCGGCGUGCGGGAAGCGGCGCGGGGCAGGAUGAGCGGCGGCCGGCAGCGCACUCUGCCGCAGGUCUGGCGGGCGCCCCAGAGCAAAACCGAGCCGAGGGACGCGGGCGGCGACAGCGAUGACGACCUGCUGCUGGCAGCCGCGGCCGCGGCCGACCCCGGCCCGGUGGAGGGGUUCAGCGAGGCGGCGGGGUCCAUCUGGAUCUACCCCACCAACCUGCCGGUGCGCCCGUACCAGGAGCGCAUGGCCGGCGCCGCGCUGCUGGCCAACACCCUCGUGUGCCUGCCCACGGGGCUGGGCAAGACCUUCGUGGCCGCCGUGGUCAUGUACAACUUCUACCGCUGGUUCCCCUCGGGGAAGGUGCUGUUCCUCGCCCCCACCAAGCCGCUGGUGGCCCAGCAGAUGGAGGCGUGCGGCCGCGUCAUGGGCAUCCCGGCCCGGGACAUGGCGGAGAUGACAGGAGGAACCCAGGCUCUGGGCCGGCGGGAGCUGUGGAAUACCAAGAGAGUCUUUUUCCUCACACCUCAGAUAAUGGUCAAUGACCUUUCCCGUGGGACCUGUCCUGCUGUGGAGAUCAAAUGUCUGGUUAUUGAUGAAGCCCACAAAGCCCUUGGCAAUCAUGCCUACUGCCAGGUGGUGAGGGAGCUGAGCAAAUACACAAAUCAGUUCCGGGUCCUGGCCCUGAGUGCCACCCCUGGCAGUGACACCAAGGCUGUGCAACAAGUUAUCUCCAACUUGCUGAUUGCUCAGAUAGAGGUGUGUGCUGAAGAUUCUCCAGAAAUUCAGCCUUAUUCUCACGAGAGACAAGUGGAAAAAAUUGUAGUUCCACUUGGGGAAGAACUGGUAGAAAUUCAGAACACUUACAUCAAGGUGCUGGAAGCGUUUGCUGGGCGCCUGAUUAAGGUGGGAGUGUUAUCCAGGAGGGAUAUUCCCAGCCUGACCAAGUACCAGAUCAUCCUGGCAAGGGAUCAGUACAGGAAGAAUCCCUCUGCACAACAUGCAGGAAUCCAUCAAGGCAUCAUUGAAGGAGACUUUGCCCUCUGUAUCAGUCUGUACCACGGGUACGAGCUGCUGCUGCAGAUGGGAAUCCGCUCCUUAUUCAUCUACCUGUGGGGAAUCAUGGAUGGAUCCAAAGGGUUAUCCCGCACCAAGACCGAGCUGGGGCGCAACGAGGACUUCAUGGAGCUCUACCAGCAGCUUCGGGACGUGUUCUCAGCCACUGCUGUGGCUCCUGAGAAUGGAAGUGUGUGCAAGAGCACAGCAGUGUUGGAAAAGAAAAAGGAAUUUGUCUACAGUCAUCCAAAACUAAAGAAAUUGGAGGAAAUCGUGAUAGAACACUUCAAAUCCUGGAAAAAGGGAUGUUCUGCAGAUGAAGGCAAGAGUGAAAGUGGGGACACGAGGGUGAUGAUCUUCUCCUCGUUCCGGGACAGCGUGCAGGAAAUCGCCGAGAUGCUGGCCCGGCUCAGCCCGGCUGUGCGGGCCAUGACCUUCGUGGGACACUCCUCGGGGAAGAGCACCAAAGGCUUCACCCAGAAGGAGCAGCUGGAGGUGGUGAGGCGUUUCCGGGAGGGAGGCUACAACACCCUGGUGUCCACCUGCGUGGGCGAGGAGGGGCUGGACAUCGGCGAGGUCGAUCUCAUCGUGUGCUUCGACGCCCAGCGCAGCCCCGUGCGCCUGGUGCAGCGCAUGGGCCGCACCGGCCGCCGGCGCCACGGCCGCAUCGUGGUCAUCCUGGCCCAGGGCCGCGAGGAGAGGACUUACAACCAAAGCCAGUGUAACAAAAGGAGCAUCCACAAAGCCAUUUCAGGGAACAAAACCCUUCGUUUCUACCAGCACAGCCCACGGAUGGUUCCAGAAGGCAUCAAUCCCAAAGUGCAUAAAAUGUUUAUCACUGCUGAAAAACACGAGCCAAGCACCUCAAGGAUGCUUUCCAAAGAGAGGAGAUCCAGUUCCCUGCAGCACAAAUCUGCUCCCUUUUCCUGUGUCACUGGCCAAAAGCAAAUGCACUCCCAUGAGAGCUGGUCCUUGUCACCUGAGGAGUUGGAAAUAUGGGACAGACUCUACAGGAUUAAGGAAAGUGAUGGAAUAAAGGAACCAGUAUUGCCUCAAGUUCAGUUUGAAACCAUAGAAAACCUGGAAGAAACACCAAAGCCCGAGGAGGGGGCAGCUCGGGAGCUCUCCUUGUCUGAGUGGAGCCUUUGGCAGAACCAGCCCCUUCCCACGUCCCAGGUGGAUCACUCGGAUCGUUGUCACCUCUUCAUCGCUGCCAUGGAAAUGAUGGAGCUGAUGAGGCAUCAGCAGGGAGACUGCAGCUAUGAGCGGGAGCUCCGGCCCCACUUACGGAUGGAAGAUGUGCAUAUUCCCGGGAAUCAAAGGCAUCUCUCCACGGCCAACCCCCCCUGCGAGCAGAGAGGUCGCAGCUCCAGGAAAGACCUGGCAAAAUCGAAACCAAAACCACUCUCACCUGAUAGAGGUGAUAAUGGGAGCGAGUUCUUUGCCACCUUUAAAAUAACCAAACCCAAGGCUCCCAGAAGAGCUGCUGGACUCAGUGAGGAUGUGCCUGUGUUACCUCGGGAUCCUUCGGCUUCUCCCUCAGGAGCAAGGCUUGCUCUGGCUGGGCACUCUGACCCGGGCAGUGACAGGGAUGAGGGGCUGGAGGUAACAUUUGAUUUAAAUGCAUUUAUUGACCUGUGUGACCACGGCGAAGGCACUGAAACCCCUGCGAGUCCAGCAGCCCAGGGAAACAGCCCUGCAGGUAAAGCCUGCGGAUCCCUGGGGUGGAUCCACACGGAUUCGGGGUACGAGACCUCUCCCGUGGCCUCGGACCUGUUCUACCUCCCCGAAUCCUGCAGGGAUUCAUUCCCUCUCGUGGGACGGCCCCAGGAGCCCCCGGGGCUGGAACAAGCAUUCUCCCAGGUGCAAAGGCUUUUAUCCCAGUCCCCUCCCUCUGGGGAUAAACUGGAGGGCUUGGAGAGCGCGAUGAGAAGUGAAGGAACAACAUCUCCUUCCCCAAAAGUUCUCCCCGAUGGUCACUCAGAGGCACUGCAGGGCAGCAUCUCCCUCGCAUCCCCAAAAACUGAUCCUGCACUGCUGCUCCUGGAGAAUCCCAAAGUGACAGUCCCCAGGGAAUUCUGUGCCUCAGAAAGUCCCCGUUGGUCCAAAACUGUGCCACCUCCCAAGGCUGCUGUGGAUGAGGGGGAGCAGCUCUGGGACGACAGCUUCGAUGGCCUGUUUGACACUGAGGAAUUCCCUGAAAUCCCAAACAACAUUCCCAGCAUGAACCAGCUCCUGACAAACGGCCCUGCAAAGGAGCCCUUUGUUCCCAAGGACACGGGAGAGGCUGCCCUUGAGCACGAGGCUGUGGUUCCUGGCGAGGAGCAGAGUCUCCAUCUGUUUGAGGAUGAGGCUGGCGAGGACACGGGCGAGGGCAGCUCCCUGAGCUCUGAGCCUGCAGCCAGGGCAGGUCCAGCUGGGAGCAUCGCUGGGAUGGAUGGAGAGCCCGGCAGGGAGUUCCCGAGUGUGACCCCCGCCCAGCCCUGCAGGGAGCAGCCCGGCAGCAGGGAAUCCAUGGGAACAUCAGGAGUGGCCCAGCAGUGCCUGGAGAAGGAGGAUCCCUACGACUGCUCCCAGGAACUGUUCUCCGUGACCUUCGACCUGGGCUUCUCCAUCGAGGAGAGCGGGGAUGAAACCUCUGAGGAGACCAGGAAUGCUGAUAACCCCAAACUGAACGGUGCCCCAGGGGCUGAAUCCACUGAGGAUGCAAACAUGUCCCUGAGUGAUGGCUCCAGGCUGGAAACCUCGCCUGGAUGGGACUGCAGGAGGCUCCGGAGAAGGGACGUGUCCACACCGAUGUCAUUCCAGAGCAGGGGCAGGAGUGGCAGGGAAGGGACAGAGGCUCCUGCUGCAGGGCCUCUCCUGAAGUCAGGGGGCAGCAGAAUGGGAAGGGAACCCCCUGGACCUUUGCCUUCAGCACUUCUGACCCCAACAAGUAGGAAGGGUAUGGAUAUCAAAGCUGUCAAAAGAAUUCCUAUGAAAGUCUUCUCGAAUGCCAGGGAGCAAAUUCCAGAGGUUCCUCCUGUAGAUCAAGUCCAAAAAAGCCCAGGGAGGCAGAACUUUGGGAGCUCAGCCAUGGAUUCCCCUUCAGGAAGGACAGAAGGCCUGGAAAACACCAAGCUCCGUGGAUCCCGUGUGGCUCCUGCUGCAGGAGCCAGCAGUGACAGUGAGGAAGAGAUCGUUUUCCAGAGGAAAAACAGGAUAAAAAAGAAUGUUUUGAAGUCUCCUGAUGAGAUGGAUCAGAGUGACUCGGAGUGUCCAGCUCGGCUCACCAGGAAACGCCGGCGCCCCCCGAGCGUGUCGGACACGUCCAGUGAGGACAGUGGGGAUUUCCAGCGGGGCAGGAGCCGCUCCAGAGCCUGGGCCAGGCCCCAGCAGGGAGGAGCCAAGCGGCAGCGGGGCAGGAGCUGCGUGACAGCCAAGGCUGCAGCCAGGCAGUUCCUGGAGGAGGAGGCUGAGCUGUCCCAGCUGGAUGCUGAGGGGGUCUCGUCGGACGAGAGCGACGGCGCCAGGGAUGAGCUGAGCCCGUCCCUGGCCCAGUUCCUGAACGAUGACGGGGAGGCCACACAGGCCCUGAACGACACUGAGAUGAGGGGGGUUUACCUGAGCUCCCUGCGCAGCCCCGCCCUCGGCAGCAGAUACAAAAUGGUCCGUCGGGAAUUCAACGCCUCCGCCAUUUUCUCCCAGAUUCCCGAGCAAGACUCGGCUUACGCUGAGGACAGCUUCUGUGUGGGAGAUGAGGAGGAGGAGGAGGAGGAAGCUCGGAGUGGCUGCAGUGAGGAGGAAGUGUGUGUGAAUUUUGGUCUGCUCACUGCCGAGAGCUCCGGCAGGAACCGGUACCUGACUCGCCGCAGGACGAGGCUGCACCAGGCCAGACUGGGAGGGAACGCUCCUGCCCCGCUGCAGAACAGGAAACCAUCCCGAAUUAUUGUCCUCAGUGACUCCAGCGAGGAGGAGAUGGGAGCCAGCAGGGAGAAGCCCCUGGAAGGAGCCUGUUCCAGGGCAGGGCAGGGAAAGGGGCCGCUCCCCACGGCCCUGCCCUCAGCCCCCUCUGCAGAGCACAGGAACAGGGCUGGGCAAGCCACAGCUCCUCAGGCUGGGCAGGAGGGCACGGGGAGGCUGCUGGGCUUGGGAGCUUCUGCAGUGCUGGAUCUCCCCCCAGGGCAGCCAGGCAGGAGCACAUCCAUCCCCCCAGCUGGCUCUGGCUGCAGGAGCACGGAGCUGCAGGCUGCCAGUGAGGUGCACAGCUCUUUGAAGAAGACCCACGGGAGCAGCUCAGGCCCAGCAUGUCCUGCUGCCCCUAACACCUCCUCAGCCUGGGCUCAGACUUCCCGUGGCCCUGUGGAGCAGAGCCCUUCCCUGGCUGGGAUCUCCCGUGGCCCCGGGGAGCAGAGCCCUUCCCUGGCUGGGAUCUCCCGUGGCCCCGGGGAGCAGAGCCCUUCCCUGGCUGGGAUCUCCCGUGGCCCCGGGAAGCAGAGCCCUUCCCUGUGCGUGCUGGCAGACAGCCGGGAGAUCUGCUCGGGGCCGGAGGUGAUCUCCUGCCUGCGGGCGGAGCACGGGCUGCGGGUGCAGGUCUGUCCCCUGGGCUCCAGUGAUUACAUCGUCAGCAACCGCCUGGCCGUGGACAGGCUGCUGCAGUCGGAGCUGCAGAGCCCCGGGAACAGGAAUAAACUCAGCCAGAGGCUGCAGCGCCUGCAGGGCUCCUUCGAGAGGAUCUGUGUGAUUGUGGAGACAGACAGGGUCAGGCCAGGAGAAACAUCCCGGUUUUUCCAGAGGACUCAGUACUACGAUGGAGUGCUCUCAGCCUUGGUCCAGGCUGGAAUAAGGAUCCUCUUCAGCUCCUGCCAGAAGGAAACUGCAGCUCUGCUCAAGGACCUGGCUCUGGUGGAGCACAGGAAGGACGCUGCCAUCCAGGUGCCAACGGAGCCGGAGGGGCACCGGAGGGACAUCCUCAACUUCUACCUGAGCAUUCCCAACCUCAGCUACGGAGCUGCCCUCAACCUCUGCCACUCCUUCGACUCCGUGGCAGCCGUGGCCAACAGCUCCGUCCCGGCGCUGGCGGCGGGGGCGCGGCUGAGCCGGCCCCAGGCCGAGGAGCUCCAUCGGUUCCUGCGCCACGACUUCGACCUCCAGCUGCUGCCUCAGCCCCUGCCCGCCCAGGGGAAGAGCUGAGCUCGGCAGUCCGGGCCUGCACUGCACUUUACCCCGUUGGGAUUGGGUGUAAAUAUGUAAAUAAACAUCACUGCACCACUGA